AUUGUGUGAUCAAAAUUGUUCCAUCGUAUAAAGAAAAAAAGAGAGAGAGAAAAGGAAAGAGAACAAGAUUGAUUUAAAUCGGAGCAUGUUUUAAAUCUCGUCGAGACCCUUCAAAGGAUUCUUUCGAUCCAAAGUCGAAGAACACGUCAUAAUGCGUUUGUUCAAAAGACAAACAACGGACACCUGUCCUCAACUGGUAUCAGCAACACCGAUAUCGCAAGAUGAAACUUCGGAGACAGUGACAGUGAACGAUGUUACUAUAGAGCACAAUGAAAAUUCUUUAUUGAAUGAUAAAAAUGGUUCGUCGAAAAGGCUAGAUAAAGAUGCUGGAGACCUUGCUGGAGAGUCGGAGAAAACUGUAACUGGCCAAUCGUUUAUGAUAACUCGUAAAGGUAUCUCAACAUGGGGUCGGAAAGUAGGCCGAAGGUUGGAUCAAUUGAAGAGAUCGGAAAGUUCGGAGUUACUUUCGGUCUCGGGUAGAAGACGUCGUUGGAGUCCAAAUCGAAAGAGAUACGAAGAAGGCUUGGAGGAAAAGGAAAAUGGUACGAACGAACAUUCCUUUUCGGAAUUCCCUAAGCCAAAGAGAGUUUCCAGAGUGGAAUCGUUGAAAAAUUUAUUCCGUUCAACUGAGAGAAGUAAUUUCUUAAGUUCGAAUUCAACGUCGAGAAACGUGACAAUCCAAGAGGAAAGUCAUCAUUCUAUGGAGAAAGCUUUGAGCGAUGGUGCUAUUAAAAACAUAUCGGCGUUUCAAUUAAAAUCCGUGAAUAAUAACAAUAAUAGUAAUAAUAAUAAUAAUAAUAAUAAUAAUAGCGAUGAACGAUUAAGGGAGACUUUCUUGUACGAAAAGCAACGACAAUUAAGUCGUAGUAUUCAAGAUCUUCAGGAACAGGAACGUGUCAUCGACUUUAUUCUUAUGAAUCAGCAGGUGUUAAAGACUCAAGAGGGUACAGCAUUGGUAAAGGAAACUUUGAAUAAAUUAGAUAAGGCUGGUGGUAAUAUGAAGGAUAUAUCGGAAUGUUCUUCAUCGUCGUCUAGGAUUAACGUGAAAACGAAUACUAUAUCUAGUCGAACGGAGAAUAGGAAUCAUUUUAUUAACAUUCAUGAACGCGAUAGUUUUAGGAACGAUCAAACAAGAUCUUGUCUCUUAACCGGUUUAGAGGAUCUAAUGAGCAAUCUUCGUCUAGGAUGCGAUGAAAGCGGCUACGAUUCCGAUAGCACACGAACAGGUGCUGAUUCUCCUGACAGUGAACAAUGUAUUCAAAGAAUGACUAAGUCUCGUAGCUUUUCUAUAACUUCCGAUGAUUAUCAAGGUAUCGAUCUGUCUUUGCCGCCGAUUAUCGACCAAGCUGAACAACUUUCGAAAACUAGCGAGGAUUCCGAGAAUGUUAAUGAUAACACUGUAGUGGAGGCACGUCAUUUUUUGAGUAAUUCAAUUAAAACUGAAUCGACCUUAGUUAUGUCGGAACAUGACGAUGACACCGACAGUUGCGACGAAAGUACUUUCGAGGAUUACGAACAAUGCCCUAAAUCGGAAUUUUUUGGUAAUUCCAUUAGAAAUGUUUCUAAGAUUGAAUCAAGUCAAUAUUCAAAAAUAUGCCCAACUACAACUACGAAGAAAGUUGGUACUGUUAAUCAGACGAAUAAAACUGUUUCGAGUUCAUUGAUACAAACGAAAUCAAUGACUUCUUUAAGAAAUCGAAAGUAUGGAAGCGCUAGCGUGUUGACUCUUGUCGAUAAUGCUUCGUCUCCUUGUAAAGAUAGUCCACCAGCUCAGAAGAUUAAUUCAACGACAAUGUUAAUGAAUAGUCCUGUUCAACAUUAUACUCCUAAAAGAUCUCGUUCUGCUUUGGAAUCUGAAGUAUCACCAAAUGAGACUGUCAAUAGGCUCAACAAAGUUAAGAGAACUAUUUUUGCUGAUAAUCCUCGAACAACGAUGAUAACUUCAACGCCAGCGAAAUCGACUUUAGUACGUCGAGAAUUAAAGACUAUGAAACUCAGCGUUGAAAGAUCAGGCAAUCUUGGUAUCUCUGUAGAGAGACGAGAAGCAGUUAGACCGUUUUAUGUAAUAUCCAAAUUAGAUUCCAACGGUGAAGCAGCCAAAUCUAAACUAUUUCGAAUCGGUGAUGAGAUCGUCCGAGUCUGUGGUCGCAGAUUACGUGGAAUGACAAUCAUCGAAGCUAGAAAUGCCUUACGUAGUUGCGUAGGUAACGUUGAACUUCAAAUUGCCAGAGAACCAACGUUUACGUUUGGCGAAGAGAUCGGUGAUACUUGGGCUGAUUUAGAUAGAGUUCCUCGUUCUCGAAAUGAUUCUGAAGCGUGGACUUUACAAGAGAGUAAAUCAGAUCCUGGAGUAGUAGUAUCAUCCACCGUGUCUAAAACUGAAUCUUCUCAUAAUAGUGAUAAUCGGUUGAAGGUCGAAGAAACUCCGACUAAACGGCCUAAAAGUGAAUUGUCCAUUAACGAAACCAGAGAUGAUACUGAACGAAAAAUGACUGGUAUGAGAAAGUUUCAAGUUAUCAAAAAACGAACCUCACAUCCAGCUUGUUAUCCUAAAAGAGUAUCAAGCCUUUCGAAAGAUUUGCUUACUGUGACCUUGGAGAAAGGAGCAACAAAGAAACUUGGUUUCUCGAUCGUCGGAGGAUCCGAUAGCAAGAAGGGUUACAUGGGUAUUUUUGUAAAGGAUAUUAUGGAAGGUGGUCAAGCGGCCGAGGAAGGUACACUUAGGGUCGGUGAUGAGAUCUUAGCGAUUAAUGGCAUACCAAUGGACGGUGCAACCCAUACCAAGGCCCUUCAGACAUUCAAGAAUGCCAAACCAGGCAAAAUGAUUCUCUGCGUUGGACGAAGGGAUCCAACGAAUAAACGGUACAUUACACAAUCCAAGUCUUGCGAUUGUUUAAGCAAAUUAACGGAAGAUGGAUACGAAUGAUAAUAUGCUAUAAAAAGAUAAUAUUCUUAUCUACACAUGUAUAAAAAAUUUAUAUUUUCUUUAGGUAAUAUUAACAAAAGACGGAUAGGUUCCCAUUAAUUAUUUAAAAUCGAGGUGUCUAUGUUUUCUAUUACACUCGACUAACAUGUUGCAUCGGUCUAAUUUUGGUUACGAAUUUUGCGUCGGGAGAUAUUUAAAAAAAAAAUAAUUUCGUUUUUUCAUGUAUAUAUGUAUUAAAAACACUCAUAGGAUGUUUUUUCUCGUUUCUUGUCAUUUGUCAAAUACAAGGUUUAUCAUUGCUUGUUAUUUGUUGCGCAAAUGGUGUGACAAUUAAUAUUAACAAUUGUCAAUUGUUUUCGUUACAGUUUUUGGUAUUAGUUUAUUUUAUUUAAAGCCGUAUAUGUUAUUUAAUCCAACUUAAAGCAACGUGCAAAUUUGUCUUAUUUGAUUUAUUUCGUGAUAUCGUUUCGCUGUGUUCGCUGUCAGUUAAUUACUUGGAUGAAUUUCGUUUAACUUUCAUUUUUGCGUAUAUAAUUAAGCGAUGAUUUAUCAAGAAUAUUGAAAGAAAAAAUAUCCCGAGUUGUAUGAAUUUGUUUAGCUUAAAUGGUAUAGUUGUCGUUAGUGCUGUCUUUGUUUCAAAUUUACACACUCAGCAUUAUUAUAUUAUACACGUAAAGUAA